CGUCAGUGCCAUGACAACGAGACGAUGGCAGCGGUGAAGUUGGCGAGGAAUGUGAUUUUUGGCUGAACAGCAUCGAAACGCCGGCUCUUUACAGACUGACCCGUGUUCUUUAAGAGGGAGUAUGUCUCUGUUCAAGGCCCGUGAUUGGUGGUCAGCGGUGCUUGGUGAGGGGGAGGAGUUUGACCAGGGAUGCCUGUGUGUUGGAGAUGUGGACAACAGCGGCACAGGACAUGACAAGGUGGUGGUGGGCAGCUACAUGGGGAUGCUGCGGAUCUUCUCCCCUCAUGCCAGUAAAGCUGGGGAGGGCGGCCAGGCUGCAGUGGACGCCCAGCUGCUGGAGGUCCAGCUGCGAGAUCCCAUCAUCCAGCUGGAAGUGGGCAAGUUUGUCUCGUGUUCAGAGCUUCUUCAUCUCGCAGUUCUUCACCCCAGGAAACUCUCCGUCUACUCUGUCUCAGGCACAGCAGGGAACGUGGAGCACGGUACUCAGUACCAGCUGAAGUUGGUGUAUGAGCACAACCUGCAGAGGACGGCCUGCAACAUGACCUACGGCCCCUUCGGAGGAGUCACCGGUCACCACUCGCUGUGUAUCCAGUCCAUGGACGGGAUGCUCAUGUUCUUCGAGCAGGACAGCUACUCUUUCGGCAGGUUCCUCCCCGGUUUCCUGCUGCCCGGCCCGCUGGUCUACUGUCCCAGAACCGACACCUUCCUCACCGUGUCCUCAGCACGGCAGCUGGAGAGCUACAAGUAUGAGACUCUGGCUGUGGCUACAGAGGCAGAGAGCCGACAGGACGCCGACCUGCCUGUCAAGACCGGGGGCAAGAGGCUGACGCCUGACUGGACUCUGGUCCUGGGAGAACAGGCCCUGGAUCUCUCUGUUCCCACCUUCUCCCACUCCUCCUCCUCCAUCUUCGUCCUGGGCGAGAGGAACCUCUACUCGGUGCGGGACAACGGCCAGAUCCGCUUCAUGAAGAAACUGGAGUUCAACCCCAGCUGCUUCCUGCCCUACGCCUCAGUGACGGACGGCACGACCAACCUGCUGAUGGGGAACCACAACAACAUGCUGCUGGUUUACCAGGAUGUGACUCUGAAGUGGGCGGCACAGCUGUCCUAUGUACCUGUCGCUAUGCGCACCGCCAGCUUUCCGGAGCUGAAGGGAGUCGUGGUCACUCUGAGUUCAGACGGUCACCUCCAGUGCUCCUACAUGGGAACGGACCCCUCCUUCUUCUCCACGCCUAAAGUGGACGCCAGGGAGGCCGACUACGAGCAGGUGGACGCUGAGAUGAAGAGGCUGCAGAAGUUCAUCAGAGAGGCCACCAGGACUCAGGACAUCCUGCCUAAAGCUGACGCUGAAGAUGAGCUGACGGUCACAGCUACUGUGUCGUCCAGCGUGGACCGCCCAUCGAAAGCUGUGAUCCAGGACAUCGACGGUCUGCCCGUCCCCUCCGUCACCGUCCAGGUGAAGGUGAAGUCCACUUGUGUUUUGCAGUCCUCUAAGCUGACUGUCACUGUUCAGCCUCCUUUGGCCGUCACUCAGGACCAGUUUAUCCUGGAGCCUAUGGGUAUUGGUUCCUCUACAGUCGUGGCGUUUUCUGCUUUCCUUAAUGGUCACUACCCACCUGCCGACCUGACCGGAGACAUCACAGUGUCCUACAACUCCCCAACAGAGCUUAACCCCACAGGAGUUCCCAGGGUUCUCCAGUCCAGGUUCUGUCUUCCUCUGGUGUUGGUGUGUGUUCCUUCCUCUCCGGCCAAAAACACAAAGUUUAAGAUCACCGUGGACACGAACCAACCGCCUGUCAACCUCAACUCUGUCUUCCCUGAGUUUGCACAGAAGUCCGAGGAUAAAGAAGGAAAUAGUUUGGCUUUCCAGUUCCUGUCAGGAGCCAGGGUCACUGUUCUGGCCUCCAAGACCUCCCAGCGGUACCGUAUCCAGAGCGACUCUUUCGAGGACAUGUGGCUCGUGGUGAAGGAGCUGGUGCAGCGCUUCGAACGCCAUUUUGCCAAACAGGGAGUCAAAGACUUCAGGAACAGCUUCAGCGGCCCGCUUCCCCUGCAGGAGUACUUCCUGUCUGUUGACCACCACUUCCAGCUGCGUGUCAGUGCUCAGCAGUACCAGGACCUGCUGUCGGAGCGAGCCGUGCAGUUCAGAGCCAUCCAGCGCCGCCUGCUGACCCGCUUCAAAGACAAAACACCUGCACCGCUGCAGAACCUGGACACACUGCUGGACGCCACCUACAGCCAGGUGAUGGCGCUGGCCGAGGCGGCCGAGGAGAACCGGGCGCGGCUGGAGGAGGCCUUCGUCCGCCUGCGGAGCUCCUCCCACCUGCUGGUGCUGCUGCUGGCGCUGUGGCAGGGCCUGACGCCCGACCAGACCGCCAUACUGGAGGCCACGCUGCUGCCGCUGCUGCAGGACACCCCGCAGCUGGGCUGGGAGGAGAGCUGCGACGCCGCCGUCUCCCACCUCCUGCGGACCUGCCUGUCCAGGAGCUCCAAGGAGCAGGCCACCUCCCUGGCGCAGGGGGGCGGCGCCGUGCUGGGCCUGCCCCGCGACACCGAGCGCCUCAAGAAGCACAUCACGCUGCUGUGCGAGCGCAUCGGCAAGGGAGGACGACUCACACUCGCCUCAGAAACCAACGCACAGCAACAGAUCCCCGCCACUGUCCACAGCCUGGUCACACCCGGAGGUGUUGAGCCAAUCACGGAGCAGGCCGGGGACGUGGAGGAGCCGGCGCUCCCGCAGGAGGCCACCAAGUUCAUCAAGAAGAAACAGCCGUCUAAGAAGGUCAAGAAAGAUAAAGACUCCAAGGAGAAGAAGGAGGCGUCCGAGUCGUCCGAGGCGACCGCCAAGGAGGAGGGGGGCGCCGAGGAGUCGCUCAAGGAGGUGAAGAAGGAGAAGAAGGAGUCAUCCAAGGAGAAGAAGGAGUCGUCCAAGAAGGAGUCGAGCAAGGAGGCCAAGAAGGAGUCGUCGUCCUCCAAGGAGAAGAAGGAGAAGGAGAAGGAGAAGGAGGCGUCGAAGGAGAAGAAGGAGAAGGAGGCCAAGGAGUCCAGCAAGGAGUCAGGAGAGAAGAAGGUCUCCAGGAAGUCGUCGGUGAAAGUGAAGAAGAAGGAGCCUGAGGCUGCAGAGGGCUGACCGGAGCCAAGACACACACACACACACACACACACACACACACACACACACACACACACAGGCAGAGAUAUACAUUCAUGUGCAGACACAAAAACGGCAUCUGUCUGGAAAGCAUAUGCACAUAUAAAUACACAUAUACAAAGGCAUAUGUUUCAACAGCACGCGCACACACACACACACACACACUCUCACACACACACACUCUAUACAUUCACAUGUGUGCUGUAUAUACAUUUUUAUUGUCAGAAAGCCACAGAUCUCAGCAGUGUAGCAUCUUCCACUCCCAGAGGCAUGCAUAUGUUGUCUAGUAAUAACUUUGCCUUGUGUCCACACGCACACACACACACACGCACACACACACACACACACACACACACACACACACACACGCUCUCUCUCUCUCCGGGCUGGCACAGCUGAGGCCGACCACAUGGCGGGCGGCGGCGGUGAGGCCUGAGCCCACGGCGACAUCAGGAAACUUCCUCUCCUUCGCUCCUCACAUUCAGACCUUCAGGCCUUCAGCCGCUCCUCCUCCUCCUCCUCCUCCUCCUCCUCCUCCUCCUCUUCCUCCUCCUCCUCCUCCUGUCUGCCUCAGUGGCAGGCGAAGCCACAGCCCUGCGCCUCCCUAAUCCCGGUCCGGCCCCAAGCCGCCCCCGCUCGGCCCCGCUGCCCGUGUGCCAGGCUGGACGUGACGUCAGCCCCUCCCUCUCGCCCCCCUUGCAUGGCACGGCGCCCCGCCCGAGCCUCCCCCGCCUCGCCGCUCAGAAUAACCGCCCGCCGCGUCCAGCCGCCCCGCCGCUUCCGGCUAACCUAAAGCCACACCCCCCUCCUAACCACCCAACCACCAGCUUUGUUUUUUACAUUUGGGACACUCAAGGACACACGGCUGCUGAUGGACACUUACUGGCUGUUGCAGGCUCGAGCAUGCGACUGUUUUUUCUCGCAGGGCGGUAAAAAACCACAAGGCCGUUUUUUUUUUUUUUCCAGCCGCUGGAGGUUUCUAGGAAAAAAAAAAUCAGGGCAACAAUGUGAAGGGAAGUGCUGAGAAGAGCCUGCAGGGCCGGAUUAGGAGCCGACUCGCUCUCCGUCCGUCUUCAUGUGAGGAAGGGCCGGCACCCGCGUCUCCCAUUACAUCAGCCGAGUAUUAAAUCUCUUUUAUAUGAUGCGAUAAGACGAACGUUAUUGAUCCCCGAGGCGAGGCUGAGUCACCGCAGCAGAGAGCGGAGCAACGAGAGCUAUUACGGCUUAUGAAUCAGAUGAUAAUAAAGGAUAGAAGUGAAAACAAUAAAACGGAUAAAUGGUAAAGAAAAAAAAAAAAGAUUCCUCGCCGUGGACAGGUUUACAGCGAAGAGCUCGAGCUCUGAGUGGAAAACGCGACCUCGUCAGUAAACCCCAAACACAUCGAGAGACUCCGUCCAGAGUGUCCGUCCACACCGGGGACACUUCUGGGCGUCAGAGGAGGAGCCGUAAAGCCUCAACAAGAGUUUUAUAAUAAUAAUAAUAAUCACCACUAUUUGGACAAAAAAAAAAAAAUAAGGAUUCCAGAGGAUUUCAGGUCUCUGAUGUCCUGUAGAGGUAGGACUUACUGAAAUAAAUCAAUGUUGAGUUAUUCUUCUCGAGGUAGAUGUGUAAUCUUCAGGACAUGGACGGGUGCACACACACACACACACACACACACACACACACACACGGCCGGUGUUUGUGUGUGUGUGCCAGCCUCUGUCCGUCCACAGGAAGCCUCCCCCUCUGCGCCUCGUGGUGUGAAGCUCCUGCUCCCGUUUGACUUUUGGAAACCGGUUCACCGCUCGGGCCUCCUGAGCGCAGGCCGGCGUGGGGAACAGGAAGCUGCUGGAGGAGCUGCUGGAGGAGCUCCCGGUGGACACGAGGCCCUAGAGGUUCACCCCGUUAGGAGACGCCGUCUGGUCGUACGUUAGAGUCAGUUUUUGUACCUGAUAGUUGUUGGGACGUCCCGGGCUCCUGUUGCUCUGAGUCUGUUUUUAUAGCCACACAAGCAGGAAGUUUAUGUGAAGCGCUUCAUUCCAAAAUGAGAUUUAAUCCACUUCAGGAAAUAAAGCAAAAAAAAAACAAGAUCUGCAAUCUGUUUCUCAAC